AGUCCAUACCGUCUUCACAAAAGCACAUAUUUUUCUCCCUCCCCAGCAUGCAUACAUCAAAGAGCUAAACACCAAGGCAGGACCAGGCAUCAUUUGGUCCCUCUUAGGCUUCCCCCUCCCCCUCCUUCCCCUCCCCUUCCCCUUCCCCUUCCCUUUGUCCUUCCCCUCCAUUUUCCCUAUCUGUCCCCUCCCCGAUGGCAUCAGAAGCAGAGAAAACUUUUCACCAUUUUGCUGCCUAUGGAGAAUCUUCCUCCAGUGGCAAUGAAAUCCACAACAAGAACUUUUCCAAGAUGUGUAAGGAUUGUGGCAUCAUGGAUGGCAAGAUAAUCACCUCCACUGAUGUGGAUAUUGUAUUCAGCAAAGUGAAGAAAAAGAAUGCCCGAUCCAUCAAUUGGACUGAAUGCCAGAUGGCUCUGAAGGAAAUGGGCCAAAAGAAAUUCAAGGAUAAAAGCCCAGAAGAGGCAUUGCAGAGUAUGUUUGCCCUCAUGGUAAACAAAGUUCCAGUGGCUUCAGGAGUGACUAAAACAGUGGCCGUGGGCGGUGUGGAUCGUUUGACAGACACCAGCAAAUAUACAGGUUCCCACAAGGAACGCUUUGAUGAAAGUGGCAAAGGGAAGGGCAAAACAGGGCGGGAGGACACACAUGAAAACACUGGCUACGUGGGUGGUUACAAAGGUGCUGGCACCUAUGACCAGAAGAAAAAAUAGAGGCCUAACUUGCCUUGUACAGGAAAUGGGGAAUAAGGAGAGAGUAAGCCUUCCUACUUCCCCCUCUCCAUCAUUAUCUUCUUCACCUUAGCUCUUACUCCAUCACAACCAGGGAGACAAUAAACAUCUGUGUGUGCAGCAGCCAAAACAAA